AGGUCCAUUCAAAUCAGGAGGGAAAAUCAUUUUCACCAUGGCUCCUGCACUCCACAACUACCUGUUUAUUCAGCUAAUAGUCCUCCCUAAAGGGCUCUCUCAGUUGGUGACAACACAGCAGGUUGUCACAGCAACCCUGGGAGAAGAUGCAGUCUUAACCUGUGAGCUCAUGACACUCAAAGACGUGCGGCAAGUGACCUGGCAAAAAGUGACAGCUGAGGCGAAUGAAAAUGUGGCCACCUACAGCAAACGCGGUUCCCAUGUCAACCCACCUUUUCAGAGGAACGUGGAGUUUGAAGACGAGGGACUGCAGAGCUGCUCUAUCAUCAUCAGAGGAGUGUCAAGAGGAGACGAGUCCUGCUACAAGUGUCUGUUUAACACCUAUCCAGAUGGACCUAUCAGCGGAAGGACCUGCCUCAAAGUCAAUGAGCUGUAUGGACCCUCACUCCUCAUCACACAAACCAACAACAGUCACACCACUCUGUCCUGUUCUGCUACUGGACGACCUGUUCCUACAGUAACCUGGGAAGACACAGAAAUUCUAGAAAAUUCCACAAUGGCCAAUGUCACCCAUCUCAACGGAACUGUCACUGUCACCAUAACUUCUACGCUGGCAGCAUUCAGUCUACCUGACAAAGACACCAGGGUUGGCUGUAUGGUCUCACUGUUCUCUGGAGGUGUCACCAAGAACGUAUCCAUGGUUAUUCCAGCUAGAACUCAUGCUUCAUUUCCUGGUGUACCUGAGGUCACUGAUGGUGACAGGAUCAGUGUUAAGCCAACAGGGAUUGGUGCAGUGAUGGGUUCACUGUGUUUCAUUGCUGUGUGCUGUGGAACUGUGGUACUGUGGUGCAAACUGAGAAAUACAACAAGAAGCCAAAUUCCCGCAGGCAAUGAACAGGAACAGCAACUAUCAACAGUCAACCCUCAACGUGAUGACUGAAAUCCAGAGGUCUAAUCUAACAGUAAGACGUAUAUUCUAAUUAACAGUCGGGUUUAUGAUUUCAAAUAAACAGUGUUUGUACUUACUGUGUGUAAUAGAUUAGAAAACAUUGAAUUGCUUUUCAGCAUCAAAUGUCCUCCCUGGAGAAUAUGUAACUGUAACUACCCACAAAGCCAUUAUAUCAGUACACUACUACAACAUGAUCUGACUCUGAUCAGUAUCAUUGAUGUUAAUAUCUUUCAGGACCACAACAAUAUCCAGUACAUUCUAAAUGUGUUAGUAGAACCUUAUUGGAUCAUCCUGGUAGAGUGGUAGUCAUGGUGACCGCAUACAUGCAAAUGAGUUGCAUUGCUGCAGUGUUGUUCCAGUAUGUUAUUUGUAUUUUGUAUUUAUAAGGGAACCCCAUUAGCUGCUACUCUUCCUGGGUCCAAACAUAUUACAGUACUUACAUUACAUAUAAAACAGUACAUCAUAU